UCGAGGCAGACACUUUGCACAGAAAAGAAUAAAAAGCAGAGAGAGAGAGAGAGAGACAGAGAGAGAUAGAUAGAGAGAGAGAGAGAAUCGAGAGGUUCACACUGCUACGUUAAUGGCGGUUAGGGUUUUUCAUUGAUCUCCCCCCAAGUAAAAAGACCUUAAUCGCCUUCCUGCGCUUUCUCUCUCUUCUCUUUGCAAAAACCAAAAAACCCUAAUUUAUAUUACUUGAGGCGGAUCAAUUACGAUUGAAUUUCUCUAAUUUGGGCUUCGAGUUUGAAUCGUGGAUAUAGGAGCUGGCAUGGGCGCGCCAGAGAAGUCGCAGGCCAACGCCAAUUCGAUGCAGCGUGUUAAGGUAUACCGUUUAAAUGACGAUGGGAAAUGGGACGACCAAGGAACUGGACAUGUCAGUGUUGACUAUUUGGAGCGAUCAGAGGAGCUGGGUUUGUUUGUUGUUGAUGAAGAAGACAAUGAGACAUUACUCUUGCAUCGUAUUAGCUCAGACGACAUUUACAGAAAGCAAGAAGAUACAAUUAUCUCUUGGAGGGAUCCAGAAUAUUCUACGGAAUUAGCACUUAGUUUUCAAGAGACCACAGGGUGCUCUUACAUAUGGGACCAUAUCUGCAAUGUGCAAAGAAACCUGCAUUUCAGUACUCUUAACAACGAGACAUUUCACAGUGUGAAUAGCGAGUUGAGGGAAUUGCCUGCAGUUGAGCUGUCCUCACUUCCUCUGAUACUUAAGACUGUGGUUGAAAGUGGCAUUGCUGAUCAGAUGCGACUGACAGAACUCAUUUUGAAUGAUCAAGAAUUUUUCCGAAAGCUGAUGGACCUGUUUAGAAUCUGCGAAGACUUGGAAAAUAUUGAUGGUCUUCACAUGAUAUACAAAAUUGUCAAGGGAAUUAUUUUGCUCAAUAGUACUCAGAUCUUCGAGAAGAUAUUUGGUGAUGAAUUGAUUAUGGAUAUUAUUGGUUCACUGGAGUAUGAUCCAGAGGUCCCUAAUGUCCAACAUCAUCGUAAUUUUUUAAAGGAGCAUGUUGUUUUCAAGGAGGCGAUACCAAUUAAAGAUCAUUUAGUUCUGUCAAAGAUACACCAGACGUACAGAGUUGGUUAUUUGAAGGAUGUUGUUUUGGCUCGAGUAUUGGAUGAGGCCACGGGUGCAAAUCUCAAUUCCAUAAUUCAAGCAAACAAUGCUAUUGUUGUUUCUUUGUUAAAGGAUGAUAGUACCUUUAUUCAGGAAUUAUUUGCUAGGUUGAGAUCGCCCUCCACCUCUGAAGAGUCUAAGAAAAAUUUGGUAUAUUUCUUGCACGAGUUUUGUAGUUUAAGCAAGAGCCUGCAGAUGGUCCAGCAACUUCGUCUAUUUAGGGAUCUCAUGAAUGAAGGAAUCUUCGACAUCAUAACUGAUGCUUUGCAGAGUCAAGACAAAAAGCUUGUUUUAACUGGGACAGAUAUCCUCAUUCUUUUCUUGAAUCAGGACCCAAACCUUCUUCGUUCUUAUGUAGUUCGGCAGGAAGGAGCUCAACUUCUGGGGCUCUUGGUUAAAGGAAUGACGACAGAUUUUGGGGAGGACAUGAAUUGCCAGUUUCUUGAAAUUCUUCGUAGUUUACUGGAUUCAUACACAUUGUCUGGAGCGCAGAGAGAUACUAUUAUUGAGAUUUUCUAUGAGAAGCAUUUGGGUCAACUAAUUGAUGUUAUAACAGCAUCUUGUCCUUCGGAAGGCAUAGCUCAAUCAAGUGGUAAAUCUAUGGGAUCUGGUGGAAGAAUUGGAAAUCAAAAUGGCACAAAGCCUGAAAUACUGUCAAACAUAUGUGAAUUGCUAUGCUUUUGUGUUCUGCACCAUCCAUAUAGAAUAAAGUGUAACUUUCUCCUUAAUAACAUGGUAGAUAAAGUUUUGUUGUUGACACAAAGAAGGGAAAAAUACCUAGUUGUUGCUGCUGUUCGUUUUAUUCGCACUAUUCUUUCCCGCCAUGAUGAGCAUCUGAUAAAUCAUAUGGUUAAGCACAACCUUCUCAAACCAAUUGUGGAUGCCUUUGUUGGUAAUGGUAAUCGUUACAAUCUGCUCAACUCGGCAGUUUUAGAACUUUUCGAGUACAUUCGAAAGGAGAACCUUAAAUUUUUGCUCAAAUAUAUAGUUGAUUCGUUCUGGAAUGAGUUGGUCAAAUUUGAGUUUUUGGUUUCCAUUCACUCACUAAAAGUGAAAUAUGAGCAGGUAUUCUCCCCAUCUUGCUUGAUUUUUACCACCUCAUUUUGGAUUCAGAGUUUCCUGAUCUCAAAACUAUGUUUGCAGUCCCUGGAGAUUUGUGGAGCAAAAGGCACUGGUAAUGUGUCAGACCCCAGAAAACGAAGUGAUGAGCGUGCUCUGGAGAAAGAGGAGGAAGACUAUUUCAAUGAGGACAGUGAUGAAGAAGAUACAGCAUCUGCAUCAAUGUCAAAUACCCAAAAAGUACAACCUCAACCUGUUUUAUCUAAUGGAGUUACUCCAAGCUUCCAGCCAUUAAGUCCUAGAUCUGGUGGACUGGUUGACUAUGAUGAUGAUGAGGAUGAUGAAGACUACAGACCACCAUUGAGGAAGCAGCCAGAAACUUCUGAUGAAGAUGAAGGAACAAUGGAGUCUCUUAGGUUGAAGCGGAAACUUGCACCCAAGGAUAACAAACCUGAUGUGUCAAAGAAGCAGCGGAUUGGAAAAAACUCAAAGUCAAAAGAUAGUGUUUUUACUGCUUUGUGCUCAACCUUAAGCCACGCAGUGCUACCUAGUAAGAAAACCCCUAGCACCACACACGCUACUCCGCACACAGCUGAUGGGAACCAAAGCUCAAGUGAAGAAAAUCAUCAGGAGAAUAAACCUAAAUCUGACACCGACAGAAGCUGUUCUGAUAACAGCAGUACUACAGAUGAGAACCACAGAGAGAAGGAACCUCCUGCUUCUAGAAUAUGUUCUGAUCACUUGCAUAGCACUUCAGAUGAUAGACAGUUGGGUGGAGAGGAGUCUCCAUUAAUACCACCAAAAUCCUCACCAGAAAUGGCUGUAAAUGGAUCCUAAUUCAUCCAGCAUCAUAUUCAGAGGGCUUGACAUUGUUUGUUCUCUUUUCUUCAACUCGUGGAUGUGCUUGGUGGUGGAACCGAAGGAAUGAUGCAUUUCAAAAGACAAAGAAAUGAACCGAGGGGAUGCAUUUGGUUGAUGGCUUUACAUUGAUGAUAGGAGGGGUUACUGUAUAGAGCUACUGAGAAGCAAAAAGUAAUCCAUACAGCAACGUGGGCCCAUUCUCCCCCGUCACUUGGUCCUUCUGAUGCUUUGAGCUUAGCAAUUGUCUUCUGUACAACAUUUACCAGCAUUAUUUUUUUUUUCCCAAUUUUCUUACAUGUUUUCUUUUGCCUUGUCUUUUUUCCAAUCACCCUUUAUUUGUUUUUUCCAUUUUUGGCUAUGUGAAUCAUAUGAUAUAGAGGGCACAAAUGUUUGCCCUGCAUAGUUCUGCAGUUUUGUGGUGGUUGUGGUUGUAAUAGAGGUCUGGUGAGGUGGUUAGAGGGCAAAGUUUUUCCAAACGUAGUUGCAGUAGUGGAACUCAUUAUAGACCAGUGUAAAUUAGAUUUUGAACACUUCUAACUUCUGAAGGGUCUCCCAAAGCUCGUGCCAUGGCUUCUAAUUUUGUAGAGGUAUAGCCCCCUUCCCCCCUCUUUUUUUAUUUCCUUUCCUGUUGGGAAACUGAAAUUCUAAUUAACAUUAUGAAUUUACCAUUCUGCUAUUUCUUUUA